GAAGUUCUUUCUGGAGUCGUGGUCAUAACAAGUAAGGACACAGUCCAGCACCAAGGUAUCUCGUUAACAAUGGAAGGAUCGGUAAAUCUGCAGCUUAGUGCCAAAAGUGUGGGUGUGUUCGAAGCUUUCUAUAACUCUGUCAAGCCUAUUCAGAUUAUUAACAGCACUAUUGAAAUGGUAAAACCAGGGAAACUUCCCAGUGGCAAGACAGAAAUUCCAUUUGAAUUUCCAUUGAAUAUGAAGGGGAACAAAGUUCUGUAUGAGACGUAUCACGGUGUCUUUGUUAAUAUUCAGUAUACCCUGCGGUGUGAUAUGCGACGUUCCUUGCUGGCAAAAGACCUAACUAAGACUUGUGAAUUCAUUGUCCACUCGCUGUCACAGAAAGGGAAACUGAUGCCAAGCCCAGUAGAUUUCACAAUUACUCCUGAAACUUUGCAAAAUGUUAAAGAGAGAGCUUCACUUCCAAAAUUUCUCAUCAGAGGUCAUCUCAGUUCCACAAACUGUAUUAUCACGCAGCCACUAACAGGGGAGCUGGUAGUGGAGAGUGCAGAGGCUGCAGUCAAAAGCAUCGAGCUGCAGUUAGUUCGGGUGGAAACCUGUGGGUGCGCGGAAGGUUACGCCAGAGAUGCCACAGAGAUACAGAAUAUUCAGAUCGCUGAUGGGGAUGUCUGCAGGGGCCUACCAAUUCCUAUCUACAUGGUGUUUCCCAGGUUGUUCACCUGCCCUACCCUGGAAACAACAAACUUCAAAGUUGAGUUUGAAGUUAACAUUGUUGUCCUGCUGCAUGAUGAUCACCUCAUCACAGAGAACUUCCCGCUGAAGCUGUGCAGGAUGUAAACGGCCAGAGGAGACUCACUUAAGGAUUUACUGGAAAAGGACAAAAUUCUUCAGAGGCAGAGUGAAACUUUAACCGUGUCUUAUUUUAACUGAAAACACAUCACUUCCUUCUUCCUGCUGGUAGCUCUUGUGCUUUCAGUUCUCUGUGAAUCUUGGAAAGACUUUACCUGCCCUGCGAUAGCCUACAUGGAU